AUGAAACAUGGAACUCUUGUUUUACCAUCUGAUAGAGCAAGAGAAUAUUUAGAUUGCUUAGGAAAAGAAGUAGAUAUACAAUUUGUUGAUAUGAAUGAAAAAACUAUGAAAAGACAAUAUAAAAAAUACAUACAGCGUAUUGAUGAUAUGGAAAGGAUAUUAAGAUUUUUAGAAGAAAAUAUAAAUAAGUUACCUAAUGUAAAAAUAAAAAAAAGCAAAAUAGAUAACUUUUUAGAACAUGAUAAUAUAUAUGAAUUAGAUCAAGUUGAAGAAUCCUUAAAUAGACUAUAUGUUCAGUUCGUUCGUUUUUGCAAUAAUAACAAAGAUUUAGUGGAUGAAAGAAAUAAUGCUAUUGAAGAAAAACAUGUAAUUUUAGCAGCUAUUAAUCAAUUAAAACCUGAUACAUCUAAAAAUGGAAAUAUAAAUAUGAAUAUACAUGAAAAUUCUAUUAAUGUUGAUGAUAGUAAUGAAGAAAAUAUUUCUUUAUCAACUCAUAUAAUGAAAGAUGGCAUUAAUAUGAUGUUUACAAAUAUAUCAGGAGUAAUUAAAACAAAAGAUCAAGAAAGUUUUAGUAGAACUAUAUUUAGAGCAUUAAGAGGAAAUGCAUAUACAUAUUUUCAAAAUAUUGAUGAUGAAAUGGAAGAAAGUGUAAGUAUAAAUGAAAAUGAAUCUCUUAAUUCUCCUUUACUUAAUAAAGAAAAUGAAAAAAAUAAUAAAAAAAAAAAAAAUGAAUUAAAAAGUGUUUUUGUUGUGUACUGUCAAGGUUCAGCACAAAGUAGUAUUUAUGAAAAAAUUAUGAAAAUAUGCAAAGCAUAUGAUGUUAAAACAUAUGAUUGGCCUAAAACUUAUGAACAAUCUAAGAAAAGAUUAAGAGAAUUAAAAGAAAUUAUAAAUGAUAAAGAUAAAGCAUUAAAAGCAUAUGAAGAAUAUUUUAUAAAUGAGAUUUUUGUAUUAAUUAAUGUAGUAGAACCAAAUAAGAAUAGUCUUAUAGAAGAAUGGAAAUUAUUUUGUAAAAAAGAAAGACACAUUUAUAAUAAUUUAAAUUAUUUUGAAGGAAGUGAUAUUACAUUACGAUGUGAUUGUUGGUAUAGUGCAAGUGAUGAAGAAAAAAUUAGACAUAUAUUAAUUAAUAAGUCAUCUAAUGAUCUAGUUUCAGCAUUACUAUUAUCAGAUAAAGUAUUAACACCAAACAUAUCACCUCCUACCUAUAUUAAAACAAAUGAAUUUACUAAAUCAUAUCAAGUUAUUAUAGAUACAUAUGGUGUUCCAAGAUAUGGAGAAAUAAAUCCAGCCAUUUCUACUAUUAUAACAUUUCCAUUUUUAUUUGGUAUUAUGUAUGGAGAUGUAGGUCAUGGCUUUUGUAUAUUUUUAUUUGCUAUAUUUAUGAUUUUGAUUCAUAAUAAAGUAAAGAAUAAAAAAAAAAAUGAAAUGAUUGCUAUGUUUUUUGAUGGAAGGUAUAUGUUAUUAUUGAUGGGAUUUUUCUCUGUAUAUGCUGGAUUUUUGUAUAAUGAUUUUUUUUCAAUGCCUUUGAAUUUAUUUUCUUCUAUGUUUGAGAAAAAUAAUGAAAUAGAUAAUAUAAAAUAUUACAAAAGAAAAGAAAUAGUAACAAAAGAUGGAAAAACAGAAUUUAGACAUCCAUAUAUAUUUGGAUUUGAUUCUAAUUGGUUAGGUGCAGAAAAUGAAUUAAUUUUUAUAAAUUCAUUUAAAAUGAAAUUUUCAGUCAUAAUUGGAUUUUUACAUAUGACAUUUGGAACAAUUAUAAAAGGAUUCAAUACGCUAUAUUUUAACAAAAAAUUAGAUUUUUUUUUUGAAUUCAUACCUCAAUUAGUUAUGAUGAUAUGUAUUAUUGGUUAUCUAGUUUUUUUGAUUAUUUAUAAAUGGGUAACCCCAGCAGGAUAUGGAGGAUAUGAAAAACAAGGGAUAAUUAAUACUAUUAUAAAUAUGUAUUUACAUAAAGAUAUUGAUAAAACUAAUCAAUUUUAUUCCCAUCAAAGUAUUAUUGAAACAUUACUCCUUAGUCUUUUUAUUAUAUCUAUUCCAGUUAUGCUUAUUUGUAAACCAGCAAUAAGAACUUAUAAAAUAAUGAAAGAUAAAAAAAAAAAUUUAAGUAGAUAUAAUGAAAAUUUAGAAAAAGAAAUGACAAAUACAUUUAAUCAUAAUUAUAAAAAUAGUAACCAUAUAGAAUCUUUAUCUAUGCAUAAAAGAAUUGGAAAUCAUCCAUAUGAAGAUAAUGAAAAUGAUUAUUUAUUCAAGAAAAAAAAUAAAAAAACAGAUCAUGAAAUGGAGGCACAUUUAUUAAGUUCAUCACCAGAUCACAUAUCAGAAAAUGUGUGCCAUGAAGAAAAUAUAUCAGAGAUAUGGAUAGAACAACUUAUAGAAACUAUUGAAUUUGUUUUAGGUCUUAUUAGUAAUACAGCUUCUUAUUUAAGAUUAUGGGCAUUAUCCUUAGCUCAUCAACAAUUGUCAUAUGUUUUUUUUGAACAAACAAUAUUAAAUUCAUUAAAACAAGACAAAUUUAUAACUGUUUUAAUUAGCUUAAUAAUAUUUGUUCAACUUUUUUCUAUAUUAACUAUUCUUAUUAUAUUGUGUAUGGAUACUUUGGAAUGUUUUUUACAUUCAUUAAGAUUGCAAUGGGUAGAAUUUCAAAAUAAAUUUUACAAAGGAGAUGGAAUUCCUUUUAGACCUUUUAAUAUAAAAAAAAUUUUAAGCGAAAAUGAUUAA